CAUCCGAACGCACCUGCUCCCUUUCCGAAAUAACGUCUUCCCGAUUUGUAUUUCCUACUCUACUUAUCUUCUCCCAACUGGUUCAACCCCCCUUGUCUCUCUCCCUCUCUCCCUCUCUCUCUCUCUUCAUAGACUCGGUCUCUUCAGUUCCAUCACCAUCAUCCCAACACAGCACCAGACCAAAUCCUCAGAGAUUUCGAAUACAAAUUCCCACGCACCCUGAAAACCCGGAGCUCAUCACCUAUCCCCUUCAACAAACCCACUCUACUUCUCGUACAGAUAAACACAGUCUACACAGACAACACAAAGUGAUGGGCGGCAAGGGAAAGCACCGGUGGAAAAUCUCAAUAUUCCGGUCAUCUUUCCCGUCAAAGCUCCAAAACAAACAACCCCCCGCCGAGUUCAUCUGCCCCAUAUCCGGCUCCUUAAUGUUCGACCCGGUCGUCGUCUCUUCGGGUCAAACCUUCGAGAGAACCUCCGUGCAGGUCUGCCGGGACCUGGGGCUUUCCCCGCCCCUCCCCGACGGUUUGAAACCUGAUUUCACUAUUGCAAUCCCCAAUUCAGCCCUCAAAUCGACGAUCCUCAAGUGGUGCGACAACUCCGGUGCCCCACGCCCCGCCGCACCCGAUCGCACGUCCGUCGAAAACGCCGUCCGUACGAUUAUGGACUCGUUGAUUGAAGCAGCAGAUGAUAAGGAUUCGAGAAUUAGGGUUUCGGAGAGGGAGUUGCUGGAGGGGGUGGCGGAGAAGCCGGACGUGCUGUUCUCGCACGCGGCGACCGAGUUGAACCACCGACCGACUCACUUCUACUCGUCGAGCUCCGAGGAAUCGGUGAUCGCGAACGCGAUCCCGGCCACCCCUCUCCUCCCGUUCACCACCCGUCCGUUGUGCUUCUCGUCCUCGCUGUCGCUGUCGUCGUCGUCUUCCGAAGUCGUUUCGGACGAAAUUACCAUAAACCCUAACCCCAACUCCGCAUCCGAAGACGAAGAGUUCGUUUCGAAGCUGAAGAGUCGUGAUAUUUACGAGCAAGAACAAGGUUUGAUAUCGCUGAGGAAGCUAACGAGGACGAAAGAGGAAGCUAGGGUUUCGCUCUGCACCCCAAGGUUGCUCGCCGUUAUCCGGCCGUUACUGUUCUCGCGAUACGCCGCCGUGCAAACAAACGCCGUCGCCGUCAUUGUCAACGUCUCGCUGGAUAAGGUUAACAAGGUGAAGAUCGUGCGGUCGGGGAUCGUGCCGUCGUUGAUCGACGCGAUGAAGGGCGGGUGCCCUGAGUCGCAGGAACACGCCGCGGGCGCGAUUUUCAGCUUGUCUCUGGAAGACGAGAACAAGGUGGCGAUCGGCGUGCUCGGCGCGCUGCAGCCGUUGCUGCACGCGCUGAGGUCGGAGAGCGAGCGGAGCCGCCACGACUCGGCGUUGGCUCUGUACCAUUUGUCUCUGGUUCAGAGCAACCGGGUCAAGUUGGUGAAACUCGGGGCCGUGUCGACUCUGUUGACGAUGGUGAGCGGCGAGCUGGCAGGGAGAGCUAUGCUGGUGUUGUGUAAUCUGGCGGCGUGUGUCGAGGGGAGGUCGGCGAUGCUGGACGCGAACGCGGUGGAGGUAUUGGUGGGGAUGUUGAGAUGGAAGGAGGUGUCCGAGUCGACUCAGGAGAACUGCGUGGCGGCGUUGCACUCGUUGAGUCACGGGAGCAUGAGGUUUAAAGGGCUGGCGAGGGGGGCGGGGUUGGCGGAGGUGUUGAGGGAGGUGGAGGAGAGGGGGAGCGAGAGGGCGAGAGAGAAGGCGGGCAAGAUUUUGAUGGUGAUGAGAGGGAGGGAUGAGGCUGCGGCCGCGGCUGCGGCGGCGGAGGGGGUUUUGUUGGAGGGAGGAGGAGUGAGUCGGUACCGAGUCGGGAGGAACGCGUGCGGUGUUAACUCAACUGAGUUUUGAUUUUUGUUUUUUUUUAUUUGGGCCUUUUUUUUUUCCUUUUCUUUUUUUUUUUUGACAGGAAAUUUUCUGUAUAUGGGUUGUAAUUAUUGAGCGUAGCUUGUUAAUAUACAAAUAUUCAUUCCUCA